AUGGUGGAUCUUCUCCUGAAAGACCAAAACCCUAACCCACCUACCCACCCACCCUUUCCUUCUCCAGAUCCGAUCGAGGCUGCCGCGCCUUCCUCUCCCUCGCCGCCAUCCCCACCCACCACCGCCGCCAUCCCCACCCACCACCGCCGCCCCCACCCACCGCCGACCUCGUCUCCGCCAUCCCCCUCCCCUCGCCUUCAUCCCCCAUAUCCACUAGUCUCGAUCCGGCGUGCGUGCGUGCCGGCGUGGGCGUGCCUUGAUUCAAUCCAGCGCCUUCCUCCCUCCCUCCCUCCCACGACCACGCCUUCCUCCCUCCAUCCCUUGGCAUGUGUGCCGGUGUGGGUGCCAUAUGGGGCAGCUCCAACACAACCACGACCACGAGCGGCGGCGGCAGUGGAGGGAAGGACAAGGCGAAGGGCUCUGCAGUCUCCUUCACGGAGGGCGAGGAGGUGCUCGCCUACCACGGCCCGCUCCCCUACAAGGCCAAGCCUGUCGUCUUCCUCCACGGGGGUCCUAGGCUGGCACUUCGCCCGGCAACUGUGGAUACUUCGAUCCGGAGUUCUACAGGAUCGUGCUGUUCGACCAGAAAGGCGCCGGAAGAGCACUCCCCAUGCUUGUCUAGAGGAGAAGACCACCUGGGACUUGGUGGCUGACAGUGAGAAGGUCAGGCAGCACAUCGACAUUCCAGAGUGGCAACAUGGUGACUCUAGUGCAGGUAGCACUGCCCAUCCUCUUCGAGGCCGUGUGUUUAGGAUGAGCUGCAGCGGGACAACCUGGAGUGGGACAAUAUCAAGGAGAACCUGGAGAAGAUCACCGAUUACCUCAUCCUCGUCGGCAUGGUUGGCUCCUUUGGCAGACCCCUCUUUGGCUCCGACCAACUUACUUUUGUCGCUGGCUAGCAGCAUCUCCAGGUGUUGUGUGUUCUGGAAGAUGGAAGAGGAAGAAAACUUGUUUUUGUUGAACUAAAUUUUCUGUAUUCUGUUUUGUUGUACGUAUCAUUUGAUAGUUUUGUAUAGGAACAAGUGAUACUAUUUUGUAGGGCUUUAUGGCCUGUGAUGUAAACAUAUUUAGUGAUGAAAUAUGAAAUUAUUUGCGAAAUUUGUCGAAAA